UCAACCCGGUCGCACAUAUCUGGCGAUUGUCGCGCACCGCGAAACUUCUAAGAAUUAUAUAUAUAUAUAUAUAUAUAAUGCCUUGAAGCAGUUUGCCAAUCGGAAAUGUGAAGUGCGUCUUUAGUGUUCGAACUUUUGAUCGUGAUUACUCUUAUGAUCACAGGAAUGAGCUAUACGUUUUGUGAUUACGAUAUGGGUAAAUAUUUGAUGAUGUCUUGGAAAUGUCGCUUUAGUGUAAUCUGCGGAUACUACCGCUGAACUCGGUAACGUCUUACUUUCUGGAAGCGAAGCCUUUGUCAACAUGGCGGUUGUAAUAAGCCGAAUAUACCUGCAUACGGGCGCUGUGCUCGUGUUGGCUGGCAGCGCCUCAGGCAGGGUUGCUGGCAAAAUGGGCGGAUACUCUAACAAAAUGGGAGGAAAGUCGACAAGUGGCAUCAAUGAAGAGAUAAUUUGGAUUAGUAUAAGUAUGGCGAUCGCGAUCGCUGUGUUAAUUGCAAUCGCCCUUUGUUACAUUCUUAAAGAAAAGUGCACUAAGCGACAGGCUUACAAGGAACAAUCAUGACGAUAUAAGGAGGAGUUCGCCCGACACGCUCUGGACAACUCCUUUGAAGAUCACGAAUUCCCAGCGUACACGCUUUAUCCUCAGUACUCACCAGAUGGCACUGAAUACUAUUAUAAUUUCCAUCGCUUCUCAUACCUUAAAAACACAACAACGAAUCUUCCUCCCAAAAGUUACACCAAAAAUGGACGUGAAGAAAUUUAUAUAAAUGCAUAGAUAAUAAAAACAUAGUCUUAAUUAUUACUUUAAAGUAGCUAUGUGUUAGAUUGUAUAUAAAGUUAGACCAAUGGGAAAAAUGAAUUUAUGUAUAUUGUGUAAUCCUAUUGUAGAUAAUUGUAGUUUAAAACAGCAAAUUUAUAAACUGUGAUAUAGAAAUGGAAAGCGGGGUCAAAGAUUAUUAACAUAACAUUCAUUUCUAUUUCUUAAUAUCGCUUCACUUCUUUAGAUCGUGGUCUCAGCAAAAUAAUUAAUUCUAUUAUUUCUCACGUUUCGAGAAUGUAUAAAGUAAAUUUUGGCUUUUGAUUUUAAAAUUAAAACUGAUGUACUUAUAAAGUAAUGUAAAAAAACAGCGAUCAACUGGUAGAUAUGGUUUUAAUCCUGAUAGUUCAGUAUAUAACAAAGAGUAAAAAGCUCAAUCUAAUUAUGAUAUGAUAAUGAUUAACCAUAUAUCUUAUCGUAUCUGGGUCGAAUAAUUUAUCUGUUUGUUUGCGAGCGAUAGCUAUGUAAUGCUUGUAUAUCCUAACCAUAUUUUGUUAAAUCAGUUGAUUUAAACAUAGAUUUUAUACUUUUACCAUUCAUUUUAAUACCUAAUUGUAUUGUCGAUUAAUUGCAUUAAGCAAAUAUACGAUUAUAACUUUACUAGAGAGACUAACUAGAUAUUGUUCUACUCUAGUCUAUGUAAUUCAAUUGAAGUAAACUGCCAUAAUUUCCUUAUCA